UUCAACAAUCCCAAAAUCUUGAGCUCGAAGGGUAUCUAUUCCUUAUCUUUGAUUACAAAACUAGUGAAAAAAUGACAGGUUCUAGUGCAUCCACUGGUGCGGCGGCGCCACCCACUGCUCAGUCAUCAUCCGCCGCUGUAAAUGGUGGAGGGAGGAGUCAGAUCUCUCAUCCGAUCAAAAGAUACUUACCCUUUGCUUCUAUGAGGCCACCGUUUGUUACACCUGAGGAUUACCACCGAUUUUCUAUCCCUGGUGUUGAUUCUCGAAUUGGGUCUGCUAGUUUGCAGCCUGAAGCUAUUGUGGUUAAGUCUCCUGCACUAAAGCGGAAGACAGGCUAUAUUAAAGAAGUUGAGUCCAGUGACUGGACUGCUAAUUCUGGGUAUGCAGAUGUGGCCAAUAGUCCACUUGGAACGCCUGUGUCUGGUAAAGGUGGAAGAGCACAUGGACGGUCAAGAGCCACAAAAAAUAAUAAAUCUGGACCUCAAACUCCUGUCUAUAAUGCUGGUUCUCCUUCUCCUCUUACACCUGCAAGCUGCCGCUACGACAGUUCAUUGGGCCUUUUAACCAAGAAAUUUAUCAACUUGAUCAAGCAUGCGGAAGAUGGUAUGCUUGAUCUUAACCAAGCUGCAGACACUUUGGAGGUGCAGAAAAGAAGGAUCUAUGAUAUAACAAACGUGCUUGAAGGAAUUGGUCUUAUUGAAAAGAAGCUCAAGAACAGAAUACAAUGGAAGGGUGUUGAUUCUUCUAGACCUGGAGAAGUGGAUAAUGAUGCUUCCAUUUUAAAGGCCGAAACUGACAGACUUUCAAUGGAGGAGCGAAGACUGGAUGAGCGAAUUAGAGAAAUGCAAGAAAAGUUGAGGGAUAUGAGUGAAGACGAAAACAACCAAAGGUGGCUUUUUGUAACUGAAGAAGAUAUAAAGAGCCUACCUUGUUUUCAGAAUGAGACCCUAAUAGCAGUUAAAGCUCCUCAUGGCACCACCCUGGAAGUCCCAGAUCCCGAUGAGGCCGUGGACUAUCCACAGAGGAGAUAUAGAAUUAUACUCAGAAGCACAAUGGGUCCCAUUGAUGUCUACCUUGUCAGUCAAUUUGAGGAGAAGUUUGAGGAGAUGAAUGGUGUUGAACCGCCAACGACCAUCCCAGUUGCUUCAAGUUCAGGCUCAAAGGAUUAUCCUACCAUGGAGCUAACUGUUUCAAACAGUGUUACUGAGAAUGAAGGACAAACACACAAUGUUGAUCACUUGAGUUCUGAUCUUGGUACUUCAGAGGAUUACAAUGGUGGAAUGAUGAAGAUUCUCCCUUCGGAUGUUGAUAAUGACUCAGAUUACUGGCUUCUAUCAGAUGCAAAUGUUAGCAUCACAGAUAUGUGGAAGACAGAUUCUACAGUUGAAUGGGAUGGGGAAACCUUGCUCCGUGAUUUUGGAAUAGAUGAUCUAGGUACUCCACGGGCACACACUCCAUCUACUAUUGCUGACGUACCAGAUCCAAUGAACGUACCACCAAGAUGAUACAGGCUCUCGCGAAUAAGCUGAACUUGGAAAAAUUCCAGUCUAUUUAGUCGGAAACAAGAAUUCACCCUCUCCUUUCUUGCUGUUUUGCUCCUUAAAAGGGCUCUGGACAGUUUACUUACUACUACUCAAAGCCAAAAGAUUGAGACUUUGUACAGUUGCGGAAUCUGCUUGACCACUUUGACAUGGUUUGAAUAUACUUGUAACCAAACAGAGCUGCACAGAAGGUGCAACAGAUUGAGUUAAAAGUAUGGGAAGGAAACAUCGCGUAUUUAUAAAAUUCUUCUUCAUAAACAAAAACAGGUGCAUCAGAUUAUAUUUU